CCAGUGUCCUGCAUCUUUCUCCCUUCCUCAUCGAUGCACUACCUCCUGUAUAGCAGCGACUCAAGCGCUCAAUGCCCUCCAACAGGAAAUGCUGUCUUCCAACACGACAUAGACGCGGUGGUCUAUCUGUCCGGGUCAUAAACACUACCUACCUCAUGGCGAGCAUCAAUGUCAUAGCCUCAUCAGGCCUUUCAAGCAGACGAAUCGACCCCCGUUCUCCUACUUAUUGAAUAGAAGGGUACUCUUAUUAUCAGCGCUGGUCCUGCCUGCGGCUGCCGAAGCACCAUAUUGGGCCGUGAUCGUGCGCUGACCUGCCGACCAAUGUGCAAUUGUUCCCCAAAUGCGGGCAGUAUAUGAGGGCCGUGCUUUGAGCAGUAUGUCCUUUCUUUCACCCAAUACAUCCCAGCACAAUCUCGAGCACAAGCGCCUUUCAACCAAAGACAAUCCACCACCCUCAUCACCCAACCAUGUCGAUCCAUGCCUCCCCUGCGUUCGCCCUCGCCAACAAGACCUUCACGUCCUCCCUGGACGCCUUUGGGCUGCGGCGUCCGGCGAGCGGACCUGUCGAUCACGAUGCUAGGCAUGCCGCCGCGGAUGCCUUCCUUGAUAGCAUAGACACUAGCGAUCGCAUUCCCAAAGAGAGCUCCGGCUCGCGCAGACACAUCUUCGACGUCGACUUCCCCACCACCGCGCCACUCGAACCUGCCACGGGCCCCAACUCCGUGUCCCUUGGUACUCGGAGACGGGGCCCUCGUACGCGAGCCAAUGCCACCAGUCAGCCUCCUCCCGAAGUGAUUGCCAUACGCGAUGACCCUCUGGCCUCUUCCAUGAAUGAGGAUACUGCCCCAGCUGCCCUACCCUUCUCCCUCACGCAGCCUGUGAACGCUCCUCAAUUGGCCUUUAGCGCCUCAGCACCACCGUCCUCCGUCCCUAUCAGUGCAUUCAUGGUCAAUCCCGACGUACCGCGCCCACCCGUAGUCAGUGCCUUCCCGCCAGCUCAAACCAGCGCGGUCUCGGGUACCAGUACAAGUGCAUCCUCUCCUGCGUCUGCAAGCACAAGUGCCUUCCAUCCCACGACCUCGAACGUCGCCUCAGCUUUCUCUGCUUUCAACUCCAACGCAAACUCUCCAGCUACCACGUCUAGCUCCGCCCCUUCGACGUCUACUAGUGCCUUCGCUUCGUCGUCGACUAGCACCUUCGCAACGAACUCGAAUUCGACCAUCAAGUCAGCCUUCGCCACUGAUGCCUCCGCAUUUGGCAUGAAGAGCAACACGACAAGUGCGUUCGGAAUCCGCAAGAGCGCUUUCGCGACGAAUGGCACCACGCUCGCCAGCAACACCACUACCACCGCCUUCCCUUCUUCGGCCAGCGCGUUCGGGUUGUCGAGCACCCGGGCUGUGGCUGACUUCAAGGCCUUCGCUAAACACAGCGAUAUCGACGACGACGCGAUGGACACAACACCUGACUCGCACAUCUACUACAAGCCCCCUGCCUUCAGCUUUGUGGUGAAUCAGUUCGCGCGAAGAUUCCAGCCCUUCGUACCCCCGCCUCUACAUCCACCACCACCACCCCCGCGGCCGACGCAGGCGCCCACGUUAGGUUUCAUCCAGCGACUAGAGGCUUCACUGGCUGCUCAGUACGCGACUUCCAGCGGCGGUGAAACCUCUACAGCCCACUGUCCCCAACGCCUCUCAGCCCACGAAUCCAUCCCACCUCCGCAAGCGCCUAUCAUGGACGAGAUCAUCAAGCGCAACUACACUACAGCAGACACGCCUGUCUCGCAAAGUCUCCCGCCGCGCAAGGACAAUCCUCUCCUUGCUCCGCCCGCCGAAAACAGGAGGCUCAGGUUCCAAGAACGACGUGAAGCGGCGAGACGCGGGUACUGCCAGGCCGAGCGUCGCGAGUACCAACGACAAGCAGAGCUGCUUGAGCGUCAGCAACGCCGUAGCCGGCGAUGUGGCACGUGGGAUGACCUCCCGCAUGCGGAGAUCCCGCCGUGCAUGCUCCCCGAGAGGACGAGGAAGAUGCUCGCGACCAUGGCGGCUGAGACAAGGAAGGUAGCCUUGGAGAAGAAGACGUCGAGUGAACGGCUCUCCAGACGCUGUCAUCUUACAGAAGUCGGUCCCCGUCUGCUAUCUGCUGCUUGUUCAGCACCCAGGAUAGUUAGAGGAUUUUUGUAGGUGUGAGUUUGAGCAGCAGGGCUGUACAGUAGUCUUGGUUUGUUUCGAUUUGGAUUGCAGGUUCUUCGCUCUUCCCUGUUGCUUGGUGUAUUAGGGUGUUUCACGUUCAGGUCGCCCGCCUUUUUUCGAGUCCUUUUCUGAGCUCUUUUUCGAACGCGUUUUCGGCAUGUC